GCCAUGACAACAGCGCUGUGAGCGGACGCCAGUAAUGCAGGCUGGAGAUGUGAACCACCUGAACUGUUAAACGCUUCAACACAUCUUCUCUGGGCACUAAGUGAAGCUGCAAGAUGUCUCUGUUCAAGGCACGGGACUGGUGGUCAGCAGUACUCGGUGAAGGAGAAGAGUUUGACCAGGGCUGCUUGUGUGUCGGUGAUGUGGACAAUAGCGGCAGUGGCUGUGAUAAGGUAGUGGUGGGCAGUUACAUGGGAAUGCUCCGGAUUUUUGCUCCUCAUGCAAGCAAACCAGCCGAGCAGACCGUAGCAGAUGCCCAGCUGCUGGAAGUGCAGCUCCGGGACCCCAUCAUUCAGGUGGAAGUGGGCAAGUUUGUCUCGUGCUCAGAGCUGCUCCACUUGGCGGUGCUGCAUCCCCGAAAGCUCUCUGUUUAUGCUGUCUCAGGCACUGCUGGAAAUGUUGAACAUGGGGACCAAUACCAGCUCCGACUGGUUUAUGAACACAACCUGCAGAGGACAGCCUGCAACAUGACAUACGGCCCUUUUGGAGGGGUCACUGGUCACCACUUCAUCUGUAUCCAGUCUAUGGACGGCAUGCUGAUGUUCUUUGAGCAGGAGAGCUAUGCUUUUGGCCGCUUCCUGCCAGGCUUCCUGUUGCCUGGACCACUGUGUUACUGUGCGCGCACUGACUCCUUCAUCACCGUCUCCUCCACCCGUCAGGUGGAGUGUUACAGGUAUGAAACUCUGGCGGUUGCAACAGAUGCAGACACCAGGCAGGAUUCGGAACAGCAGAGCAAGAGCUCCGGGAAGAGACUUGCGGCUGAGUGGUUGCUGGUGUUGGGAGAGCAGGCCUUGGAUAUCUACGUCCCCUCGGCCUCUCCCAUGGCUUCUUCCAUCUUCGUGCUGGGCGAGCGAAACCUUUUCUGCCUCCGAGACAGCGGCCAGAUUCGUUUCAUGAAGAAACUGGAGUACAACCCCAGCUGCUUCCUUCCCUAUGCCUCAGUUUCUGAGGGCACCACUAAUGUCCUGCUGGGUAACCACAACAACAUGCUGCUGGUGUAUCAGGACACCACGCUGAAGUGGGCGGCCCAACUGUCCUGCGUGCCUGUGGCUGUACGUGUGGCCAACUUUCUGGAACUAAAGGGCUUAGUGGUGACCCUGAGUUCAGAGGGUCAUCUGCAGUGCUCCUACAUGGGCACUGACCCCUCCUUCUUCACUGCACCUAAAGUGGAGGCUAGGGAGGUCAACUAUGAUGAGGUGGACGCAGAGAUGAAGGCUCUGCACAAGGUCAUCCGUGAAGCCACCAAGAACCAGGACAUCAUCCCCAAAGCUGAAGCAGAGGAUGAUCUGACAGUGACAGCCAUUGUCUCUUCCAGCCUGGACGAUGUCUCGCAAGCCCUUAUUCCGGAGAUGAAUGACAUGGCUGUCCCUUCUGUUAAAGUCAAGAUUAAAGUAAGCUGUCGCUCUGCUCUUCAGAGCCCCAAAUUGAGUGUAUGUGUGCAGCCCCCCCUGGCUGUCACUCAGGACCAGUUUGUGUUGGACUCUCUUGGCAGUGGAUCACAGGUAGUGGUGGCAUUCUCAGCUUUUCUAAAUGGCCACUACACACCAGCUGACCUGACUGGAGAUAUAGCAGUGUCCUACAGCUCUCCCACAGAGCUGAACCCUGCAGGAGUUCCACGAGUGGCUCAGUGCAAGUUUGUGCUGCCUCUACGCCUGGUGUGCUGCCCAACCUCAGCCUCCAAGAACAGCAAGUACAAAAUCACUGUGGAUACCAACAAACCUCCGGUCAACCUCAACGAGGUCUUCCCAGAGUUUGUGGCUAAGGCUGAGGAUAAGGAGGGUAACGCUCUGGCCUUCCAGUUCAUCGCUGGCUCCAGAGUCACCGUCCUGGCCUCCAAAACAUCCCAGCGUUACAGGAUCCAGAGUGAGAGCUUUGAGGAUAUCUGGCUGGUUGCCAAGGAACUGGUGCAGCGUUUUGACCGGCAUUUUGCCAAACUCGGUGUCAAAGAUUUCCGCAACAGUUUCUCCGGCCCUAUCCCACUGGCGGAGUACUUUGAGACCGUGGACCACCACUUUGAGCUGCGAGUGAAUGCACAGAAGUAUCAGGACCUGCUGUCAGAGAGAGCCGUCCAGUUCAGAGCCAUCCAGCGCCGCCUACUGACCCGCUUCAAAGACAAGACCCCCGCCCCACUGCAGAACCUGGAUACACUCAUGGAGGGCACUUACCGGCAGGUGAUAGCAUUAGCGGACGCAGCAGAGGAGAACAGGGCAUGUCUGGUGCAGGCUUUCUCCAGGCUGCGGAGCGCCACUCACCUGCUCAUCCUGCUGGUCUCACUGUGGCAGGGACUCAGUGCUGAGCAGACCGCCAUACUGGAGGCUACAUUACUGCCUCUACUACAGGACACACCACAACUGGGUUGGGAGGAGAGCGUGGAUGCAGCAGUGUCUCACCUUUUGAGAACUUGUCUAUCACGGAGUCCAAAGGACCAAGCCAUUAGCCUGAGCACGAUGCAGCUGAGCAUGCCCAAAGACACCUCGCGCCUCAAGAAGCACAUCACGCUGCUCUGUGAUCGCAUCGGCAAGGGCGGCCGCCUGUCUCUGUCCUCUGAGGCUAACGUCCCAACUCCUGUGAUGCUGCCAGCUGCCUGCGAGACCAUGCCAGAGCCCAUAGCUGAGCAGGAGGAGGAAGACCCCGCCUUGCAACAGGAGGCCACCGCCAAGUUCAUCAAAAAGAAGCAGCCCUCCAAGAAAGUAAAGAGCAAGACAGGUAAGCCACCAUAA